AUGCUUGUUGAAGUAGAUCGGGUGGCUAUGUGGCGGCGGGGAAAGUUUGGGUGGUUUAGAAGUCCGCCUUCUUAUCGUCUAGAAAUUGCUUGUGGUCGAGAUCGGUCUAAUUCAGUCUCUGUGCGUGGACAGGGAGUCACUCGAGUGGGUUUAGUUUGGGAAACAGGGGAGAUAAAUGGGAUGCGACUACCGGAGUUAGUGAUAACUUUUUCUAAGGAGGUUGUGCGCUUGCCUUUGGUUUAUGGAGUGACAUCUCUGCCGGUGGAGACGGCGAAGUAUAAGGGCAGUGUAAUGGUUCGGCUAUGCGAGUUGAGUUGUUUUGGAAUGUAUGAGCGGGAUAGGGUUGCUCGUACUGAUUUACAACCGUUCUCACAGGAGAUGACUUUUGAUUCGGGUGAAACUAGGCGAAGACUGUACAAUGGUGAGACUUAUACGGUUAAUUUGCGGACUAUGGAGACGUCAGGUUAUGCGCCGAUUUUGCAGAAUGAAUCGGUUAAUUUGGCCCAUAUGGCAGCGAAGCUUGAGGCUUCUGAGCAGAGUGGGCAGAAUCUGUCUAGCGAGGAGGCGUCUUAUAUUCGGAAAGUGCGCCGGCUGCGCAGUUCGCCUUACAUGUUCGUUUCUAUCUUUUCGUAUAUUACCUUGGAGACACCGCGGGACUUGAUUGUGGAAACGCUUUACAAGGUAUAUGCUGAUCCGCGGCGGCGAAAGCACAUGCAGCGGAAGAUUUGCAUUAACUUUGUGGGUGAGAUUGGUGAGGACCACGGGGCUUUGCGCAAGGAAAUGUUUGAAUUGGCGGCAGCGCGGCUGGUUCAGGAUGAGCGUAUUUGCUUGGUGGACGGAUUGUUUGAUUUGACUUCAGAUGCGGACUUGGCCCAACACCGACAAACUGAAAAGUCUAAUCUUGUGCUGGAUGUGCCUGAUGCGUCCUUUUAUGCCUUUAUGGGGUUCUUCUUGGGGUAUGUGGUCUUUCAGCAGGUGCAGGUGGUGACUCGAUUUUCGCCAUUGUUCUGGAAGGCGGUGCUGCAGCAAGAAGCAGGGUAUGACGAUAUUACUGAUGCUUCGGUGCGACAGAGCAUUGAUUGGAUGCGGGCCAACAGUGUUAAUGAGAUGGAGUUUGUGGACCAGCAAGGGCGGGCUGUAACAGAUAAGAAUAAGGAGAAGUUUAUCCAGGAAGUAAUUAGCUAUGAAACGUAUGGCAAGAAGAGCGGGUAUGUGGAACUAACUCGGGCUUUUCAUGCGCUUGUGACAAAUGAGGUGCUGGAUUUUACCGCGGAUGAGUUGAGUCGGUUGGUUUCAGGGGUGGCUGUUGUGCCGGUUGAUUACCUAAUGGAGAUGGCGAUUUACAAGCGAUGCAAUGCUAAUACGCGGGAGGUUGUGUUCUUCUGGAACAUUAUGAAGGAAGGCACGGACGAGUUCCGGCGGGAGGUGUUACAGUUUAUUACGGGCAGUUCAGCGGUGCAGCAUGUUAAAGAAGGAGCCAGUGAAUGCAUUGCUAUCGAAAAGGUCAAUGCAGAAGGGUUUUUGCCAACGGCCCAUGCGUGUUUUAGGCGGCUGGUGCUGUAUACGUAUCCUACUCAGAAGGACUUGUACCAAAAACUGGUCUAUGCCAUGAGGGAGAGUGGAGGAUUCCAUUUUGUCUGA